UGAAAGCCUUGAGAAAUGAGGAGAACACUUUACUUGUUUCGGCGAGAGGCUAAACCCAAGCCAAGGGAGAGAGCGGUCACAAAAGGGGAGGAGAGCAGCAAGGCAGAUCCGCCUGCCUCCAUGGCUGCCGCUUCUCCCCUCCCCGUCUUCCUCCUCAUCCUCCUCGGCGCCUUCCUCCUCCUCCCAGCCUCCAACGCCAUCUACUGCGACGAGGAUGAUUGCUACGACCUCCUCGGGGUUAAGCAGGACGCGAACGCCACGGAGAUCAAGAAGGCCUACUACAAGCUCUCCCUCAAACAUCACCCGGACAAGAACCCCGAUCCGGAGUCGCGGAAGCUGUUCGUCAAGGUCGCCAAUGCUUACGAGAUUCUAAAAGAUGAAGCAACUAGGGAGCAGUAUGACUAUGCUAUUGCACAUCCAGAGGAGGUCUUCUACAACACUGCUCAGUACUAUAGAGCGUACUAUGGACAUAAAACGGAUCCUCGUGCUGUGUUGAUUGGCCUUCUUGUAAUUGUGUCAGCAUUCCAAUACAUAAACCAGUGGACAAUGUAUAAUCAGGCUAUAGAAAGUGUCAAGCAAACUCCUGCUUACCGGAAUAGGUUAAAAGCGUUGGAGUUUGAGCGAACAGGAGGAAUUGCAAGCAAAAAAAAGGGCCACAAGCAGAUGGAUAAGAAGUUUGAAGAUGAAGUUAGAAAUGAAGUUAACUUGCAAAUUCAGGGAGUUGAGAAACCCUCUGUGUGGAGUCUCUAUGGCGUCCAAUUUUUACUUUUGCCUUACCUCAUUGGCAAGCUGCUUACUUGGGAAAUGUGUUGGCUAUGGAGAUACCGGGUAAAGAAACUACCAUAUGCAUGGGAGGAUGCUUGCUAUUUGACUCGGACAUCCCUUAAGAUACCUGCUAAUACAUGGCAGAAUAUUGAUGAGUUUACCAAGGAGGAUCUUGUGAUGAAGCGCCUGUGGGAAAAGGGCAACAUGGAGAGGCACAUUGUGGAGGCGAGAAAAGGAUCAAAGCGUAGAAGAUAGCUUAUAACUCAUUUUUGACACAAGAAAAAGAUUGCUUAACAGCACUGCAUGUAGUAGGACAACACACUCAUGGAGUGCAAAGUCAUAUUCAAGUCUGGCAUAAACAUGGAUACAGAAGAGAAGAGAAGAUUCAGGGCCAAUUUUGUGAUCACACCGUAGAUUGCGGAGGCUAGUUAUGUAAUACUGCUAGACUGAAUAUUACUUUUUCUUACAUGUAUUGUGAAUUUAUCUGACAGAAGAAAUCUAUACAUGUGAAUUGGAAAAUUGACUGGAGUUUGAAGAGGUUGUUGUGCCGACGGGGCUACAACUUGAAA